AAAAACAGAUCGGUUGAAGUUGUCAGUUUGACGAAGUAAGUUUUUAAUUAUGGUAUAAGCUGUUUUUAUAUGUCAAAAUUAUUUUUACACACUCUUAAAAAUGUCCGAAGCAAGAAGUAGUAUUGCACGGGCCCCACAUACGUCCCUGAGCUAUUUCGAAACUUUCAUGCACGUACUUAAAGGAAAUGUAGGAACUGGUAUGUUGGCCUUAGGAGACGCAGUGAAAAAUGCUGGUCUCAUCCCUGGAGCGUUACUAAUUGUAUUUAUUGGUAUUGUAGCUGUACAUUGUCAGCAUUUACUGCUUAACGCUCACAGAAGUUUAAAAAUCAAAUACGAAAUAGAAAAUUUAGAAGAUUAUGCAGAUACAGUUGAAUUGUGUUUUGAACGUGGAACGAACAGAAUGAACCAUAUGGCUAAAACUAUGAAAAUCAUUCUUAAUACUUGUAUUUGUUUCUCGCAAUUGGGAUUCUGUUGCAUCUAUAUAGUGUUUGUAGCUGAAAAUAUUAAAGUGGUAGCAGAUUUUAACGGAUAUACUUGGAACAUCCACCUUAUUGUGUUCAUUGUUACGUUGCCAAUUUGGCUUUUAUGCUUAAUAAGAAACUUGAAAACCCUGGCACCCGUUUCAAUGGUAGCAAACAUCAUAUUAAUUUUAGGCAUUUUGGCUGUAUACUACAACAUGCUGUCUGAAAGGCUGCCACCAUUUUCGGAGAGGAAAUUAGUAGCUGUCCCCAGGAAAUGGCCUUUGUUUUUUGGUACGGUGGUUCUUGCCUACGUAGGAAUCGGAUUGGUGAUUCCUGUUCAAAGAUCAAUGAGAGUACCGGAUGAUUUUGAUAAGACAUUUGGGGUGCUUAACCUAGCAAUGGCCAUUUGCAUUUGUUGGUAUGCAAGUAUUGGUUUUCUAGGUUAUUUAAAAUUUGGUGAGGAUAUUAAAGGAAGUAUCACUUUAAAUAUGCCACAAGAUCAAGUACUGUAUCAAGUAGUUACUUUGAUGAUAGCCGUUUCGUUCAUUCCAAUGUAUGCUUUACAAUUCUAUGUCGCUAACGAUAUUAUAUGGCCAGCAGCAUACAAAAAAUCGGCAUUUUUGAGACAUAAUCCCGUAAGAGGAGAGCUUAUUCUUCGUUCUAUUCUAGUAUUGAUCACAUUUGCAUUUGCAGAAAUAAUUCCAUUUCUAAGUCUGUUUAUAUCAAUAGUUGGAUCGGUGAGCUGCACAGCGAUGAGUAUGGUAUUUCCCGUUAUUUUAGAAAUAGCUUCAAAGAAAACUUCUGAGGAACUCACAACUUUUAUCAUCGUUAAAGACGUGUUCAUCAUAAUAUUGUCUAUAAUCGGAAUGACUACCGGUGCCUUUGUUUCGCUUUGGGAUCUAACAUACGCUUUUCGAGAACAUUACGGUUUAUAAUUAAAUUAUUUCCAUAACAUCAAUAAAUAUAAAACAACAAAUA